CCGAUUGGUCGUGACGUCAUCGCAAUUCGCACGCGCCGUGCGAUGUGAGUGAGAGGGGUCUAUAUUCGCGUUUCGUGCUGCACUCUGCUGCACUCUCGCAUUUUCUGCACUCGAACUGGAACAGCUAUUCGACCGGACCGGUUAGAUGGAAAGAAAGGGCGGAUAAUUUGGAAAGAGACGGAAAGUUCAGCUCGAGAAACGGAAAUCGUCGCGGAACUAAACGGAGCAGCCGGUUCUAUUUACCUUGCGAUCGCCAUGUUUACUCCAAUAAAGUUCUGUGAACGUUUAUACCGAGGAAAACACAGAUUUGUCACUCGACACGUAAAAAACGAAAGAGAGGUAUCUUUUCCGCGGCAUCCAUGGGUGUCCGAUGACGAAAAGUGACGGAUUAUCGCUGCGACGAGCUGGUUAUUUGUCGUUACGCGGAUGAACCGAUAUCGUAAGUUCGGCUAACCUCUCGAGGACGUCACGCAAAACGGACCGAGGUGGAAUGGCGCCACGCAGGGAGGCGAGACCUAACCUCAAUGCUGGCAGGUCUUCGAGGAGGAGCAACAAGGGCUGGCUGGAGAAUUACGUGGAAUGGCGACAACUCGUCGCUUUUCUCACCGACCCGAAAAAACUGUCAUUGACGGUAAAACUGUUCGUCGUCCUGGAAAUCGUCUUAAAUGCAGUAAUCAUCCAGACAGUGCCAUACACUGAAAUCGAUUGGAAGGCCUAUAUGCAAGAAGUUGAGGGUUUCCUGAACGGCACGUCAGACUACUCGAAACUGCGAGGUGAUACUGGGCCACUGGUUUACCCUGCCGGCUUUGUCUAUAUCUUUUCCAGCCUCUAUUACAUAACUUCUCAUGGCGUCAACGUAAGGAUAGCACAGUACGUCUUCGCGGUGCUGUACGUGAUCACGCUGAUGCUAGUCUUCCGGAUUUACGCACGGACCAAGAAAGUGCCGCCCUACGUUCUCAUCUUGAUGUGCUGCACUUCCUACAGAAUACACUCGAUAUUCGUUUUGAGACUCUUCAAUGAUCCAGUGGCAAUGGUGCUGCUAUACGCAUCUAUCAAUUCAUUCUUGGACAAUCGCUGGUACUUGGGUAGCGUGUUAUAUAGUCUUGCUGUGUCCAUCAAGAUGAACAUACUGCUGUUUGCUCCAGCGCUUCUUGUCACUUACCUAUGCGCGCUAGGAACGUUCAAAACACUGAUACAUUUGUCUAUCUGCGCAUUGAUACAGCUGAUUCUUGGUCUUCCAUUCUUGCUAGAGAAUCCGAUUGCUUAUAUAAAGGGCGCUUUCAAUUUGGGUAGAGUCUUCGAGUUCAGGUGGACUGUAAAUUGGAGAUUCUUACCAGAAGAGGUAUUCGUGCAUCCGUAUUUUCACGUUUUUCUAUUACUUCUGCAUAUGCUAACGCUGCUGUAUUGCGCACCUAUUUGGAUCAGUUACAUGAAGUCGUACGUGAAGUUAAAACAUGUAGGAAAGGAACUGAAGCCUCAACUUCGUAAGAAAGAGAAGGUAGAUAUGUCUACUGUAAGUCAGUUAUUUGUCUAUCCUCUUUUUGUUGCGAAUUUUAUCGGCGUUAUGUUUAGCAGAUCGUUGCAUUAUCAAUUCUAUAUAUGGUACUAUCAUACAUUACCGUACAUCGCGUGGUGCACCGACUAUAAGACUAUCUUUAAAUUGACCAUUUUAGGCGUGAUAGAAUUGUGCUGGAACACGUAUCCAAGCACGGUGUUCAGCAGCGCGGCGUUGCAUUUAUGCCACAUAAUUUUGCUAUAUGGCAUCCUAAAAAAUAGAUCGAAUAACGCAAAAGAGAAAUGAAGGCUGCACACAUGUAUGACGCAUUUUUAUCUUAAUUAUAUGUAAGGAUGGAAUCACACGAUGCUCGAUUCUUGAAUGAUAAGCAUGCACGCAUGCAUGCACACAUGCAUGUUGCUAUGCUUGCUUUGAUGCAUACAGUUUGGUGUUUGACAAAUAACUAUGAAAUUAGCAAUUGUUUCUUUUGAUUGGUGCAUGCAAGGAAAUAAGCUAUGAAGUAACCCAUAAUAAAUAUAAAAAUCAUGUAUAUGCAGCAUGCAGCGUUCAAUGCAUGAACGAAUUCUAGCAUACAUCAGAACAGGCAUGACUGUAUGCAUGCUACCAUUCAAAAAAUCGAGCAUCAUGUGAUUCCAUCUUAAUAUAUAAAGUUGAGUACAUAUUCAUAUCGUGUAUCUUUCCAUUUAAUGUUACUUAAUGUCCAUCGUCCCGAUAUUAUGUAUCUAAUUGUCCGUAACUUAAUAGUUUGCAUAAUAUUCUAGUCUGUAUCUACAAACAUGCGAUUAUGUAUGUAUAUAUACAAUCACAGACUUAUGUAAAUAGACUGCUGACUCAAUGUAAUUUAUACAUGGGUAAAUUCAUACAAUACUCACAAACAGGAUGUGUGAGUGAGAGAACUCAAAUAUGUCGCUGCCCAGCGCUGUCUUCAAAGAUAGAGGCGAAGUUAGCAGUCUACUUAUAGAAGUCUGUGUGUACAAUAUACCUUUUGUAUAUUGAACGGAAUAAAUUAUAUUA